CCCUUCGCUCCUCUCUCUCCUGUCCUCAAACACACUCAGACCUUCCAGUCCAGCAAACCGCCUCUCUCUCUCUCACACACACACACAGCUGCAAACGAACGACUGUAAUCCACUGAUCUGCUCUCCACACCAGCAUAUCCAAAGCAGAAGCAAAGAGAACUAAAUCCGUACCGCUCUCAUGCAGGGCUACAUUCUUCCUCUCCUCCUCAUCCUCGGGGUGAGGGACGGACUCGGGACCCCUCUGACAUCGAGCCCCGUCCCUACCGAGGCCCCCAGCCUGCCGCCGGACCCCUGCGAGGGCAGACCCUGCCUGAACGGAGGCAUCUGUAGUCAUGUGGGAGAGAUGGAGGAGAGUCCGAGCACACAGAUGCAGGCUGAUUUCUGGGCUUAUACGUGCAUCUGCGGCCAGGGCUUCACGGGACAGAACUGUGAGUUUUUUGCAGAUCCAUGCGCGAGCAGCCCCUGUCUCCAUGGCAACUGUAGCCAGGAAGGUGAAGGGGAUGGGUUUGUGUGCGAGUGCAUUGAGGGUUACAGUGGGGUCCGGUGUGACCUGCCUACUUUGACCUUUGACCUGUCCGAGUCCACCUGGGACCUCGCCGAGAGCCUUGUACCGGAGCAUGCCACGCCCGCCACACCCGCCACGCCUGCGACCACCACUCAAGUGUUUCAGCCAACCACAGUCCCCACCACUACUCAAGCUCCGCCCACACUGGAGUCGUGGCAACCCAAACUGGGUCAAAAAGUGGUGGAGAUACUGUGGAAGGAUCAGCAGGUUACUGAUGAAGCUGAAUGUGUGAGUACCGCAGGAGGUGAGUCUGCCGGAAUGAUGACUGUUUCCAUGGAGGUCGCCGAGGAAACAGCUGUGAAGUUGGUGGGUAAUGUGAGUGGCUCUGCUGUACUGUGGCGUGUAGGUCAGGCUGGUUAUGAACAGUGCUCUGCUGCAGAUGGUACAAUCAUGUGGUUCCAGCAGAGCUCAGAUGGCCUGGUGCUCCCUGACCAGUCCCUGCCAUUCGGACACAACUACUUCAUCAGUGUGCUGCACGUUGGUUCACCCUCUGGUCCAGAGGUCACUUUGAGGCUGCAUCUCAAUGUAAAAACCAAUAAUUGUGUGGAGCCUGGCAGUGGAUUCAGUGACCCACAAUGCUCUGGGAAAGGAAAAUGCAUCACCCACUCCUCUGUGGACACAUUUUACUGCCAGUGUGAUGAUGGGUAUUCUGGGAUCUUCUGUGAGGAGUUUGACGCAUGUCACCUGAAGCCCUGCGAGAACAACGGCACCUGUGCUGACCUCAGACAGAGAGAUGAAGGACAAAACUACACCUGUACCUGCCAACCAGGUUUUGAGGGAGACCGUUGUCAGUCAUUGGUAGAUCACUGUGUUUCUGGACCCUGCAGGAACGGAGCCACUUGCUCCAGCAGCCUAGAAGGACCUCAUUGCUAUUGUGCUGAAGGGUAUCAGGGUGCCAUGUGUGAGCAGAAGAUUGAUCCCUGUGCUUCUGGGCCCUGCCACAAUAAUGCCAGCUGCUCCCCACAGGGUGCCGGUUUUAGCUUCAGUUGCAUCUGUCCUGCGGGUUUUACCGGACCUAGCUGCGCCCAGUUAGUGGACUUCUGCGCCCUCAACCCAUGCGCUCACGGAAUCUGCCGCAGCGUCGGCACCAGUUAUAGGUGCCUGUGUGUACCAGGUUAUCAUGGUCUGUACUGUGAGGAGGAGUAUAAUGAAUGCUUGUCUGCUCCCUGUCAGAAUUACGCCACAUGCAGAGACCUGAUCAAUGCCUACGAGUGCAUCUGUGCCCCACAGUUCACAGGUAAGCACUGUGAGAUAUAUAAGGACCCCUGUCUGAGGCUCAGGUGCCAGAAUGGAGGACGCUGUGAGAGUGGAGGGAGAAACACAUCCUGUGUGUGUCCACCGGGAUAUAUGGGUGACAACUGUGAGGUUGACGUCAACGAGUGUGAGAGUAACCCCUGUCACCAUGGUGGCACCUGCAUUGACCAAUCAAACGGCUACACCUGUCACUGCCCUCCUGGCUGGGUCGGCGGAAGCUGUGAGAUCCAUCUGCAGUGGAAGAUGGCUCAGCCGGUCGACUCGCUGACCAACAUGCCGCGUCACUCUCUGUACAUAAUCAUCGGCGCUCUGUGUGUGGCUUUCGUCCUGAUGCUCAUCAUCCUCAUCGUUGGCAUCUGUCGCAUCAGCCGCAUUGAGUACCAGGGCUCGUCCCGUCAUGCCUACCAGGAGUUUUACAACUGCCGCAGUAUUGACAGCGAUUUCAGCAAUGCUAUAGCCUCCAUUCGUCACGCAAGGUUUGGGAAGAAAUCCAGACCAGCAAUGUAUGAUGCGACUCCCAUCAGUUAUGAAGAUUACAGCCCUGAUGACAAGCCUCUAGUAACACUCAUUAAAACUAAAGAUUUGUGAGGCAAUACAUGUGCACACACACACACACACACACACACUGCAAACACACAGUCACUAUUCCAGCCUUUAGAAUGAGCCAAUCCGUGCAGUAUUUAUUUCCAGAGAACAUGUUUAAAAAUUUAUCAAACUUUUGAAAUUGAUAUAUUUUAUCAUUGUAAACCAUGAAGCUUUUAAUUCACAUCAGGCACUAGGAGUGCUGCACAUAAUUAGUUUAAUGGAAUAAUCCCAAACAAAUGUGCUUUGUUUGCAGACGCAAAUGUUUUGUGGAAUGUGAGUAGACAAAUAACAAAGUUACGCUGCAAAAUGUGUGCGGGGGUGGGUGGGGGGGGACAUUUAACCGAACCCUUCCACCCUCUAGACUCUGAUUACAAAUUUGAUAGCAGCAGUCCAAGCAAAAGGUGUAGAAUUAGAGAAAUAGAGCUCAUAGUUCAGUUAAACUGUAACUUUGUACAGAAGAAUCAAAAGAUAAGACGAUGUAGGUUGCCUUACUGGUGCAUGGAUAGGAUCAAUGGUUCGGCAUUACUCUGUAACCUUAUGUACAUUGUUAUUUGCUGUUUAUUUCUUUUUGUUCAUUGUGGUCUCUUUUGUGUCAUGAACUUGGUGUUAGCAAAGUCUUAAGAUACCACUGUCCAUGUGAAGGCAGCACAACAAAGUGCUUUUAAUAAAGGUAGUAUUUGGUGGUGUCAUUUCACUAAGAAAAACUCCUGAUCUAUAUUUCAUAGUAUUUUAUAGAACGUAAAUUGAAAAGACUUCUUUGUUCCAGUACACCUGCAGAGCUCCCUAAGGUGCAGUCACAUUUAUCUCUGCUCUACAAAGAUUUGCAAAAUUCGGUGAAAUCCAGUCAUUUCAAUAGGACUUUCACACAAAGGUAAAAAAAAGUUUCCCAUGCAGAUUUUGCUUGUUUUCAAGUUGGUCAUGUUCAUCCAUCACUCAACUCUUGACAAGGAAUAUGUUUUUGUCCACAAAAUCUCGCCAAAAUUUUCCAAAUGUGGCCACAAAUUACCAUACAGAGUUAAAGUCCACAUUAAAUCAAAAUUUACACUAUUUAUUUUGUUAGCGCACAUGACUAGUCUUGAACAAUUAAUCCGCAAGUUAAGUAACAAAAAAAUAAAAUAAAAAAUAAUAAUAAAAUAGUGAACUUGUGGUUCAUGCAGACUUUUUUUUUUU